AGGGUUGGGGGCGGAGCCCUAGGGGGGCGGGCCCCUGGGGGCGGGGGCUCGGUUGGCGCGAGUGUCCUGUCGCCGCCGCCUCGGGCUGAUGGGCUGACUGGCGGCAGGCUUGCCGUGGCGCGGAGUCCCGGCUGCGGGAUAGACCGAGGGCCAUGGCCGCCUCUCCCGGACCCGCCGGCGUUAGCGGCGCCGGAGCAGUCUACGGCUCCGGCUCUUCAGGCUUCGCCCUCGACUCGGGACUGGAGAUCAAAACUCGCUCGGUGGAGCAGACGCUACUCCCGCUGGUUUCUCAGAUCACCACACUUAUUAAUCAUAAAGAUAAUACCAAAAAGUCUGAUAAAACUCUGCAAGCAAUUCAGCGUGUAGGACAAGCUGUCAACUUGGCAGUUGGAAGAUUUGUUAAAGUAGGAGAAGCUAUAGCCAAUGAAAACUGGGAUUUGAAAGAAGAAAUAAAUAUUGCUUGUAUUGAAGCUAAACAAGCAGGAGAAACAAUUGCAGCACUUACAGACAUAACCAACUUGAACCAUCUGGAAUCUGAUGGGCAGAUCACAAUUUUUACAGACAAAACAGGAGUGGUAAAGGCUGCAAGAUUACUUCUUUCUUCAGUGACAAAGGUGUUGUUGCUGGCAGACCGAGUAGUCAUUAAACAGAUAAUAACAUCAAGAAAUAAGGUUCUUGCAACUAUGGAAAGACUAGAGAAAGUGAAUAGCUUUCAAGAGUUUGUCCAAAUAUUCAGUCAAUUUGGAAAUGAAAUGGUGGAGUUUGCACAUCUGAGUGGAGAUAGACAAAAUGAUUUGAAAGAUGAAAAGAAAAAGGCAAAAAUGGCAGCAGCUAGGGCAGUUCUUGAAAAGUGUACGAUGAUGCUUCUCACAGCUUCAAAGACAUGUCUGAGGCAUCCUAACUGCGAAUCAGCCCAUAAAAACAAAGAAGGAGUGUUUGACCGCAUGAAAGUGGCAUUGGGUAAGGUCAUUGAAAUUGUGACUGACUGUAAACCGAAUGGAGAGACUGACAUUUCAUCUAUCAGUAUUUUUACUGGAAUUAAGGAAUUCAAGAUGAAUAUUGAAGCUCUUCGGGAGAAUCUUUAUUUUCAGUCCAAAGAGAACCUUUCUGUGACAUUGGAAGUCAUCUUGGAGCGUACAGAGGACUUUACUGAUUCUGCCUACACCAGCCAUGAGCACAGAGAACGCAUCUUGGAACUGUCAACUCAGGCGAGAAUGGAACUGCAGCAGUUAAUUUCUGUGUGGUUUCAAGCUCAAAGCAAGAAAACAAAAAGCAUCGCUGAAGAACUGGAACUCAGUAUUUUGAAAAUCAGUCACAGUCUUAAUGAACUUAAGAAAGAACUUCAUAGUACAGCGACACAGUUGGCAGCAGAUCUAUUAAAAUACCAUGCUGAUCUGGUGGUUCUAAAAGCAUUAAAACUUACUGGAGUAGAAGGAAAUUUAGAAGCUUUGGCUGAAUAUGCCUGUAAACUCUCUGAACAGAAAGAGCAGCUUGUUGAGACCUGUCGAUUGUUACGACACAUAUCUGGGACAGAACCUCUGGAAAUAACCUGUAUACAUGCAGAGGAGACAUUUCAGGUGACUGGCCAACAGAUAAUUUCUGCUGCUGAAACACUGACAUUGCAUCCAUCUAGUAAAAUUGCUAAAGAAAACCUAGAUGUGUUUUGUGAAGCUUGGGAAUCCCAAAUUAGUGACAUGUCAACACUGCUGAGAGAAAUCAAUGAUGUGUUUGAAGGAAGACGAGGAGAGAAGUAUGGCUACCUUUCACUUCCAAAGCCAAUGAAGAAUAAUGCAAACCUGAAAUCAUUAAAGCCAGACAAGCCUGACUCUGAGGAGCAAGCCAAGAUAGCAAAGCUUGGACUUAAGCUGGGUUUGCUCACCUCUGACGCUGACUGCGAAAUUGAGAAGUGGGAAGAUCAGGAGAAUGAGAUUGUUCAAUAUGGACGGAACAUGUCCAGUGUGGCCUAUUCUCUGUAUUUAUUUACUAGAGGAGAGGGGCCACUGAAAACUUCCCAGGAUUUAGUUCAUCAACUAGAGGUUUUUGCUGCAGAGGGUUUAAAGCUUACUUCCAGCGUACAAGCUUUUUCAAAACAGCUGAAAGACGAUGACAAGCUUAUGCUUCUCCUGGAAAUAAACAAGCUAAUUCCUCUAUGCCACCAGCUCCAGACAGUAACUAAGACUUCUUUGCAGAAUAAAGUAUUUCUAAAGGUAAAAGAGACAUUUGAAAAAGUUUCACACAUCUAUCUUUAUCUGGUUAAAGCCCCUGUUUCUUCAAAUAAACUGUUAGUACCCACAGAAGGGCAAUUUAUUUCCUUUUUUCAUGCCUUGUCUACAAGAAUCAUUUGUUAUCUACCCUCAUAAUUGACCUCAGAGAGUAGCAGAUUCACCAAAUAAUGUAGUUUUUUGGACAUCAUUAAUUCCGUAGCACUAAACAGCUACCCUUCAAUUCUGAAGUCAUUACCUCUGUAAUAGGACACAGGUGCCUCUGAGUCUUGUCUCCCAUAAUUUGUCUGAGAGAAUAUGGGUUUGUGCCCACAAAGCAGAGUGCAAGGAAUUGCAAAGGAUGGGAUUGAAUUCCACUAUUUGGAGUGUUUUGAGAAGCCCCUAAACAGCCUGCAGUAGAAUGAUUAAUUUUCCACCCACUCUUUCUGCUGGGGUUCCAUGAGAUAGACAUGAGAUCUAGGCAGCGACCCCUGCACCUGUGUCCUGGGGCUUUAAGUCAGCUCAUGUGCCUAAAUCAUAUCUCUUUCAAGAUCCCUUAGAUUUCCAUAUGGAGAAAUUUUAUCACGUUAAAACUAAAUAAAUGGUAAGGUCUUUUAAGUACUACUUUUUAGAAUAUCAUUUGCAUGCUUUUUGUCAUUGUAGGUUGAGAAGUGUAUUAUAAAGACAAGAUCCAUGAUGGCUCUCUUAGUCCAACUUCUUUCACUUUGUUAUAAACUGCUGAAGAAG